UGCACACCCACAUCACCCUGACACACACGCUCACACACACGCAGGCCAGAGGAAGGUUGUCACCAGCAGUGUUAGUCAUUAUUAGAGUUAGUAAUGCAGCUCUCAACAAUAGCAUUUCAUCACAUCCACACUUGUGUUAGAUUUGAAAGCGUCUUGAUUCUGUAAGACCGACCUUAGGCCUCCAAUCAUCUUCACCUGUUCGUCUGAGAGACCAACGCAAACUUAAAGAAGCGACUCGCAGCGCUCUCUUCACCUGGACAGGAGACGAUGGCCAGUCCAGUUCGAAUCCACACGGACAGUUCAGGUCUUCAGCUGCCGCGCUUCACAGAGAGCCCGCCGUCUUUCCUCAAGCGUGAGGACGGAAUAGUGCAGACAUCAGACAUGCUCGACCUCAAACCUCGUCCAGACGCCUCAGACCGUGGAUAUCCAGGACUCUAUCUGUCCUGCUUUGAUAUGUUGUUUACAGAAGACACCACGUGGCUGGUGAGGCUGUCGGAUUCAUGCGGGCCGGCGGGCGGCGUGCCCAGACUGGAACCCGAACAGUGUCCUGUGAUUGACAGCCCGGGUCUGGGAACAUCUCCUCUGUCUCCUACACUGGAGGAACAGGUGGAGGAGAGAUCUCUGGAGCAGGUGCAAAGUCUGGUGGUGGGAGAAGUUCUGAAGGACAUCGAGACGGCUUGUAAACUUCUCAACAUCACACCGGAUCCGAUGGAGUGGAAUUGUGGGAAUGUUCAGAAGUGGUUGCUGUGGACCGAGCAUCUCUACCGGCUCCCGCAGGUGGGCAAAGCUUUCCAAGACCUGGACGGCAAAGAUUUGUGCUCCAUGAGCGAGGAAGACUUCCUUCAGCGCUCGCCGCAGUGCAGCGAAACCUUACACGCACAUCUGGAGAUAUGGAAAUCAGCUGCCUGGAUGAAGGAGAGAUGUGCAGUCGGAGAUACGAGGAUGAGAGAAACAGAGGAGCUGUGGUCUGAGGCCGACUCAUCUUGUUCUGGUCAACCCAUUCAUCUGUGGCAGUUCCUCAGAGAACUUCUCCUCAAACCUCACAGUUACGGCCGCUGUAUACGCUGGCUUAAUAAAGAGAAAGGAAUCUUUAAAAUCGAGGACUCGGCUCACGUGGCUCGUCUCUGGGGUCUGAGGAAGAACCGUCCGGCUAUGAACUAUGACAAACUCAGUCGUUCCAUACGCCAGUACUAUAAAAAGGGCAUCAUCCGCAAACCAGAUGUCUCUCAAAGACUCGUCUAUCAGUUUGUCCAUCCAGUUUAAGAGAUGAGACAACGGCCUCUGAACUGACAGACCUUCAACAUUUCAUUCAAUCUUUAUUAAGGAGAACUUUAAGAUGUCAAUCAUUUUCUAAGCAUCAAGUGUGUUUGAUUUUAAAUGCUUUAACACGUGUUACAGAUGUGUUGGCUCUUAUCUGUUACUUUAAGACCGUUCUGUCACAUCAUUUAUGAUGUUUAAUAAGAGGUUAAAAACAAGAAAGGUUCUUGGGGUAUGUUCAGAAGAGAAGAUCACUCGCAGCGUCUGCCUGUUAGUCAACACCACAGAGGGUGGAACCUUCAUUCAAAUAUUGUUUCUCUUUGCACCUUUAUGUACAUUCAGGACGUUCACAUGAGCGUGUGAAUAUUUUUGAGCAAACCUUCAUGACCCAGCCCAUGAUCUUCUGGGGAAAACCUUCCCCUUCCUCUUAAUCUCCGGCCUGCGCCCAGCAAACAUCACAGUUUUUCUGGGUUUGUGAGUAAUUGUACAGCAAAGCUUUUAACUCUGCCAAUGUUAAUUCAGCUUUAACUGAAAUGAUGAAUGUUCACCUUUACACACACACACCGCUUAAGAUACACGUCAUACGUGACGCCCGUGAAAUGAUGAUAAUUGAUGUCCUGCAUCAAGUUUACGUCAAAUAUCAGUCUGUAUGUUUCUGGGGGUUUUUCUCUCGGGUUCUCUUGUGAAGAAAUUUCAGUAACAGUUUUACUCUUUUAUUACAGAUCAGAAUCAUUUUACGUGUUCAUUCUGUUGUGCUCAGACAGUUCUGAAUUCAUUU